UCUGAUCUGUUCUGAUGCGAGGAAUCACGGGUAGGGAGAAGGGAGGAAGUUAGGAUGACCGCCAGCAGAGGGCGCUGUGUGUCGCGGCCGCUGCCCGCAGGCUCGGUAUGGCUGCUUGCCUGGUCCGGAUGAGAGCGCCGCAGUUUCGCAGGAGCUGGAGGGCACGACCGGAGCCGGUUUAUUAAAUCUGACAGCUGCCGGUGGCCGCACAGGAUGUCCGCGGACGAUGUCAUAAAAGCCCACGUGGCAGCGCUCAGAGAAGGUACGGAGAGAGCGCGCAGCGCGGCGCAGACGCUGCUCAAUGUCCCCUACGGAGAGGGCGACGGGGAGAAGCUGGAUGUUUACGUGCCAACGGGCUCUUCGAUAGAUUUGCCUUUAGUCAUUUACCUGCAUGGCGGAUACUGGCAGUUUCUGAGCAAGGAGGAGUCUGGCUUUAUGGCCGUUCCCCUGGCGCAGAAGGGUGUGGUCGUGGUUGCUGUUGGUUACGACACCGCCCCCAAAGGUGACAUGGACCUGAUGGUGUCUCAGGUGAGGCGAAGCGUGGUGUCCGUUGUUCAGCAGUAUUCUCACAUCAGUGGUUUGUUCCUCUGUGGACACUCUGCAGGUGCUCACCUGGUUGCCAUGGUGCUCAGCACAGACUGGUCCCAGUACAGCGUUGCGCCUCAGAUCAAAGGUGCAUUCCUCGUUAGCGGAAUCUAUGACCUGCUGCCCGUUCUGUCCACCUACGUGAAUGAGCCUCUUAAAAUGACAGAAGAGGUGGCAGUGAGGAACAGCCCCAGCCAGCUGGUCCCCCAGCUGAAGGAGUCCUCCGCUGGCUGUGAAAUCGUGAUCGCUGUGGCUCAGAACGACUCGCCAGACUUCAGGAAGCAGUCUGAGGACUACUUCAAAGCUCUGGAGUCCUCAGGGCUGAAGGUGACUUUUCAAGAUGUCCCCAACACUGACCACUUCAGCAUCAUUGAGAAGUUUGUGGAGGGUGACUACCACCUCACACAGCUCCUCCUGAAGAUGAUGGGGAAAAGCUGAGCCAACACAAAGCCCCUUACCCAGAAUGCUCUGCUUCCUCAUGCCCACUCACUUCCUCUUGUUAAUUUCCCAUGAAUCAGCAGGGCUUGGAUGACAACAUUCAGAUCACCCAACCAGGCAUCACACCUAGCAAGAAGAGAGUGCAGUUUCAUGGAUCCACAAUGAGAUGGAUCUACCCUGACCUUCAACAAAUCAAAAUACUUGGCUCGCCACAACAAAACACUGUUUGGUUCAGGAAGCCACACCCCCCCCCCCCC